ACCCCCGGGCUGGGAUGCUUUCUGUGGCACUUGGUGGCCCUUGAAAGCCUUAGCUGUGUGCAAGGCCUUCCCUGGGCAUUGAGGGGUUUGCAAUUUUUACCCACAUGGUUGCUUUCUGGGGCUUUAAGUCAUGUCCUGGACAGCUCUUUUCCUGGUGGAAGGAAAUAUGGGGGGAUUGUUUCUUCCUGAGAAUCUCCAGAUUGAGAGGCGGAGUGUAAUGUGCCAGACACUGCUUCUCAGGAAUUUGAAUUUCAUGUUUCCAGGCCCCACCCUUGGUGAUGCGGAUCAGCUCUGGAUGAGGGCCCGGGAAUUUGUAAUUUGAUGCACUGCCAACAUGGAGAAUUACUGAACCGGUCCCUUUGCAACCUGUAGCCAGAUAGUUCAAUUACCCCCAUUUUGCACAGGCGGGAUUAGGCUGCAGAGGUAAGGGACUCACCCAAGGUCUCUCAGCUCGGAAGAGCAGGGACUGACAUUGGAACCCAGGCCACCGGACUCCAGGGCCGACUGCUGUAGGUGGGCGCCGGGCGGUGAGGCAGGGCAGCGCGGUCGUCACCAAGGCGCCCCGUGGGAGCAGGGGGAGGCCUUCCCGGGUGCACCGCGGCCCCGGUGCAAUAAAGCGUGUUGUCUGCGGGGCCGCGCUCGUUGCCGCCUCUCUCGCCGCGCCGGCCCCGCCCUCUGCCGCUACGCUUCCGGCGGGGCUGCGACCGCCGAGGGGCUGGCCGGGCGGCCGCUGAGGGUGGCGGGAUAGGCUGGGCGCGGCCGGGCGCCGGGUGUGGGCUGGCUGCUGCUGUCCAGGCCUCAGCGGUCCCCCAGGGCCCUCAGUCCCGCCGGCGCCAUGGGCAAUUGCCACACCGUGGGGCCCAACGAGGCGCUGGUGGUUUCAGUUUCGCUGCAUCUCGACAUGGUUUGGGUUUCAGAUUGACUGCUUGUCCUUAGAGGCUCCUCUACCCCACUCCCCAGCGUAGAGAAGCCUGCAGUGGCUUACCUUGAGCAGCAGCCCUGUGGACAGGGGGCUGUUGUGGUUCCGACUAUAAACAGUACGUGUUUGGUGGCUGGGCCUGGGCGUGGUGGUGUAUCUCCGACACUCAGAGACUGUCUCUGGAGGUUAUGACCAUCCUGUGUCGCUGUGAGAAUAUUGAGACGUCGGAGGGGGUCCCGCUAUUCGUAACAGGGGUUGCACAGGAUUUCCCUAGAGAUUAUGACGUUACAGCCCCGCUGCGAGGACGUAGAGACGGCCGAGGGGGUAGCUUUAACUGUGACGGGUGUCGCCCAGGUGAAGAUCAUGACAGAGAAGGAGCUCUUGGCCGUGGCCUGCGAGCAGUUCCUGGGCAAGAAUGUGCAGGACAUCAAGAAUGUCGUGCUGCAGACCCUGGAGGGGCACCUGCGCUCCAUCCUUGGGACCCUGACUGUGGAGCAGAUUUAUCAAGACCGGGACCAGUUUGCCAAGCUGGUGCGGGAGGUGGCAGCCCCUGACGUUGGCCGCAUGGGCAUCGAGAUCCUCAGCUUCACCAUCAAGGACGUGUAUGACAAAGUAGACUAUCUGAGCUCCCUGGGCAAGACACAGACUGCUGUGGUACAAAGAGAUGCCGACAUCGGAGUGGCCGAGGCCGAGCGGGAUGCAGGCAUCCGGGAAGCCGAGUGCAAGAAAGAGAUGCUGGACGUGAAGUUUAUGGCAGACACUAAGAUUGCCGACUCCAAACGAGUCUUUGAGCUGCAAAAGUCAGCCUUCAGUGAGGAGGUCAACAUCAAGACAGCUGAGGCCCAGCUGGCCUAUGAGCUACAAGGGGCCCGUGAGCAACAGAAGAUCCGGCAGGAAGAAAUUGAGAUUGAGAUUGUGCAGCGCAAGAAGCAGAUUGCAGUGGAGGCGCAGGAGAUCCUGCGUGUAGACAAGGAGCUCAUUGCCACAGUGCGCCGCCCCGCCGAGGCCGAGGCCCACCGCAUACAGCAGAUCGCUGAGGGUGAAAAGGUGAAGCAGGUCCUCUUGGCACAGGCAGAGGCUGAGAAGAUCCGCAAAAUCGGGGAGGCAGAGGCAGCAGUCAUCGAGGCAAUGGGCAAGGCAGAGGCCGAGCGGAUGAAACUCAAGGCUGAGGCCUACCAGAAAUAUGGGGACGCAGCCAAGAUGGCCUUGGUGCUGGAGACCCUGCCCGAGAUUGCUGCCAAAAUUGCUGCCCCACUCACCAAAGUCGAUGAGAUUGUGAUCCUCAGUGGGGACAACAGCAAGGUGACAUCAGAAGUGAACCGACUGCUGGCCGAGCUGCCUGCUUCUGUGCAUGCCCUCACAGGCGUGGACCUGACUCAGAUACCCCUGAUCAAGAAGGCCACCAGUGCACAGGUGUGAGGCUCCUGAGGGCCCACACCCUUCAGCAGCUGCCCACCUCUCCCUUCAGCACUCGUUUUAAUACCACAGCGACAACAGGAGCGUUACUGACUCUGGUGCCUUAUUUUGUAGGGACCAGAAGUGCUGCGUGUGCAGGCCUUCUCUGGCUGUCUUCCCUUCUCUCCUGUCUCUGUCUCCUUCCUCUUCUCCUCUUCCCAACACCCUCACUUUCACUGCCAUAUUUAUCUGGUUUAUCUCUUCCACCUUCAUCUCCCUGUUUGUCUCUUCAUUUAUCUGUUUUCUUCCCUCUCUCCUCCUGCCCUCUACACACAUCAUGUAGUUUAAGCUAAAGAUGUUUAUUAUAAUCACUGUCUGUCUCUGGGAGGUGGCCCUGCUGCUCCUCCGAAUCCUGGUGCCUUGAAGUUCUCUGUGUAUCUGUCCAUCCUCCCUGUGGCCCUGGCCAGAGCUCAGCAUGGGUGCAGGGGGUCUGGGUAGGAUGGCCAACCUCCCCUGUCCUGGCCUGGUCUUCCCAGUCCUCCACCCUGCCCCAGGAAGCCCCCAGCCUCACCCACUCUGGCCCUCUAGGCCUAGGUAGCCAUGGCCUGCAGGCCCAGGGCCAUUGCUCUUCACUUCACCCCUCUCCGGCCCCAGGCCUGCUUUCAUCCCUUCCCUCUCUGUCCCCUACCCCAGGGGCACAGAGGCAAGGCCUCCUGUCUAUAACAGCUCCCUCGGUUUACUACUGCCUUAGGAGGCCCCUGUUUGUGCUCAGGGAAGUCCCUUUCAUGGACACGUCCCUACUGGGUGGAGUGGGGCUUGGUCCCAACUUUCCUAAGCCUUUGCGGGAUCAGGGUCUAGCCCUGUUGGGGACUAGAAAGUGUGUAGACCCUCUUCCUGCUAGGGCUGCGCUGUCCUGGAUAUCAGGCCCAGGCCCUUCCAGUGGGCAAGACUGUGCCAACCCUGUACAGAACCAAGUGCUGUUGACUGGCCAGACUCCAUACCCCUUGUGCCAUCCUUCUUGGCCAGAGUGAUAGAGUUCCAGCCAUGGGGAAGCAGCCCAGUCCUCUGUCUCCUUGCCCUAAUGGAGGCAGAAGAGCCCAGGACCCAAGCAUCCUGGCCAGGGUGCUGUGGGUAUUCUAUGGUCCAAGUCCCCUACCCCUGGCCCUGCCCCAGCCUGUGUAGCUCUUCCUGCAUGUGGAUGCUGCGUGUCUGGUAUGGGGCUUGGAUGCUGCCCUGCCCCGCUACCUGUCCCUUCUGGUAAAAUAAAGAUCUGUUAUGCCCA